AUGGAUGAGGACAUCAAGAAACCAUUUCCCUCUGCACAUGCUGAGCAUGAGGAACACACUGCUAUCACUCCUGGGCUUCUAGCCCCUCCAGUUGAAUACGGCCCUAGCGGAGUUCGUGGUCUAUUCUCCUCCGGAUAUGUCCUUGGUGCCGCAUCUCUGGCAUCGCUCGGCGGGUUUUCAUUUGGUUACGACCAGGGCGUGAUGUCUAUCAUCAAUGUCAUGGACCAAUUUCACAACACGUUCCCGCCAGCUGAAACUGCCUUUGGCACCGGCUUCAUGACUGGAAUGUUGCUCCUAGGGGCAUUUAUAGGCUGUUUAUUCAUGCCGUAUCUCGUUGACAAGAUCUCACGCAAGUGGGCUUUAACGUGUGUCGUGGUUAUAUUUGACAUUGGCGCCAUUAUUCAGACGGCUGCUCAGAACUACGGCAUGUUAGUUGCAGGGAGAGCUAUCGGGGGGAUUGGUGUUGGUACCCUGGCAAUGGCUGCGCCUCUCUAUAUAUCCGAGAUCUCUCCUCCCAAUUUGAGAGGAACUUUACUGGUUCUUGAGUCCAUCUCUAUUGUAUCCGGCGUGGUUAUUGCAUAUUGGAUUACAUUCGGCACAAGAUAUAUGGCUGGUGAAAUUUCUUUCAGGCUUCCGAUAGGCCUGCAAAUGGUCUGUGCUACAAUUCUGGGAUUCGGAAUUCACCUAUUUCCUUACUCUCCCCGGUGGCUCGCUAUGGUAGGUCGCCGACAAGAAUCUUUGGCGAGUUUAACGAAACUACGAGGCCUUCCAGCUACCGAUGACCGGGUCUGUGCAGAGUACGAAGGCAUUGUCGCUGAGCUUGAGCUUGAAAAACUACUACAGGAGAAAAGAUACCCUGGCGCUUCAGCGUAUCAGCGAGAAGUGAAUGCUUGGAUUGAUUUGUUCAAGAACUGGCGUCGAACUGUGGUCGGGUGCGGCGUUUCCUUCUUCCAACAAUUUAUAGGGGUAAACGCCUUCAUUUAUUAUGCUCCCACGCUAUUCAGAUCUUUGGGACAGUCGGAUGAGAUGUCUUUGGUUAUGUCAGGCAUAUUUAAUACGCUUCAGUUGGUAGCGGUGGCAGUGUGCUUCAUGAUUAUUGACCAAGCUGGACGCCGGCCUCUCGCUGUCUUUGGCGCCUUUGGGUCAUGUGUGUGCUAUAUCGUCAUCGCGAUUUUGUCCGGUUUGUAUUCUGACGACUGGCCUUCUCAUAUGGCAGCUGGAUGGGCCUGUGUCGCCAUGGCCUUUUGCUUCAUUCUCGUUUUCGGUGUCUCAUAUUCCCCGCUGGGCUGGGCGCUCCCAUCCGAAGUAUUCCCUACUACGUUACGGUCCAAGGGUGUGGCUUUGUCAACUUGCGUAAAUUGGUUGUCCAAUUUCAUUAUUGGAGUGAUUACUCCCCCCAUGAUGGCUAGUUGCGGAUAUCGAACAUAUAUCUUCUUCGCCGUGUGGUGUUUCCUGGCUGGCAUUUGGGCGUUCUUCUUGGUUCCCGAAACGAGUGGAAAGACUCUGGAGGAAAUUGAUGAUUUGUUUGGCGAUACCCAGGGUACUGAAGAAAGUGAAAUGGUCAGAGAAGCUAUUGCUUUGGCCAGAAGUCAGAUGAGCAGUUUGUCUGUCUAG